CUUAAAAAUAAGUACUGCAAAUGUGUUAUUAAUGAGAAAAAAUAAGCAACAUAUCAAGAAGUUAAUAACAGUGAUCGAUAACUAUUUCAUGUGAGUAAAAGGUGCAUUAUUAACCAUUCAGAAAAUAGGAAGUUUGGAACACUUUUGAGUUUUCAACAAAAUGGCGACUACUUUCAGUUCAGUUGAUAAAAGCUCUGAUUUGGUGAAGGACUACUGUUGUGGAGCCUGCAAAAGUAGAAGUAUCGAAGAAAUUGCAGAGAUUUACUGUGAAACAUGUCUGAAAUGUUUUUGUGGAAAAUGCAUUUAUCAUCAUAGUCAAUUAUAUGCUGACCAUAUCACUUAUGGGAGAGGAGACAUAAACAAGUGGCCUAUCACUAAGAAAAUGGAAGAUUUUCUAUACAAGUGUGAGAUCCACAAAGACAAAAAACUUAAAAUGUUUUGUAAGGACCAUAGUCAGCCAUGUUGCACUAACUGUGCAUUCCUAAAUCACAGACUAUGCAAGGAAGUAACCCUUAUUUCUGAGUCACGCAAAACCAAUCUGUCAGACUUACAUGAAUUGUCUUACAAGAUUAAGACCAUUCUGAAAGAACUGAAGAAUCUUCACAAUACAAAACAGACCAUCUUUCAGGCUGUUGAGGGAUCAUACAGUAAAAGACUACAAGAAGUCAGAGAUGUGCGACAGAAAAUAAAUUCUGCUCUGGACAAGCUUGAAAUGGCUACACUGAAAGAACUGGAUGAUGUGAGGACAUCUCUACAAGCUGAUCUCAAGACUGAUGUAGAGAACUACAAUAAACUGAUGGAUGACCUAGAGCUUCUUAGUGAAGCUGUGCAGGAGCUUGCAGAUAGGAGGAUUGGAGAAAUGGCCUUCAUAGCCAGCAGGAAAUGUCUGGACAAGAUAAAGGAGUCUCAAGUAUAUCUGAAAAAGACUUCUUUGAAGUUUGACAAUUCAAUAGCAAGCAAAGCAAAUACAGACAUUGAACAGUAUUUGAACAAACAGUUUGGUAUUGGGAAGAUUUUACAUAGAGCAGUGCAGGGAAACGCCAAUCAUCCAUUUACAGUAACAAAGAAGUGCGAGUAUGAUCUGAAAAUACCAACUGAUGGUAGAUACAGUUAAAGCAUAUGCAUCUGUUUUAUCUCAAGUGAUAAUAUCCUUGUUGCUGACUUCAACAAUAAGCGAGUGAAGCUCCUGAACCAGCAGUACAAAGUGAUCAGCCACUGUGAUGUGCCUGUUUCUA